CUUCAUUCCUUCACGAUGGUGUCUGCUGGGCUACAGAUCCUGGGCGCAGCUCUGGGGAUCCUGGGCUGGAUCGGCGCCAUUGUCGUGUGCGCCAUCCCCAUGUGGAAGGUCACCGCCUUCAUCGGGAGCAACAUCGUGACCUCGCAGACGUCCUGGGAAGGCAUCUGGAUGAACUGUGUGCACCAGAGUACAGGCCAGAUGCAGUGCAAGGUCUACGACUCCAUGCUGGCGCUGCCUCAGGACCUGCAGGCCGCCCGCGCCCUGGUCAUCAUCUCCAUCGUGGUGGGCAUCCUCGCCAUCCUGCUCAGCAUCGCCGGCGGGUCGUGCACCAACUGCGUGGAAGACCCGGCGUCCAAGACCAAAGUGGGCAUCGCAGCUGGAGUCUUGUUCAUCAUCGCCGGCGUGCUCUGCCUCGUCCCCGUGUGCUGGACCGCACACACCAUCAUCCGAGACUUCUACAACCCGCUGUUGGUCAGCGCCCGGCUGGGCACCAUCAUCACCUGCGCCAUGCCCAUGUGGCGGGUCACGGCGUUCGUCGGGGCCAACAUCGUCACCGCCCAGACCAUCUGGGAGGGCCUGUGGAUGACCUGUGUGGUGCAGAGUACGGGUCAGAUGCAGUGUAAGGUCUACGACUCCAUGCUGGCGCUGCCUCAGGACCUGCAGGCCGCCAGAGCCAUGGUGGUCAUCUCGGUGAUCGUCGGCGUGUUCGGCGUGCUCAUGGCCGUGGUCGGAGGGAAGUGCACCAACUGCAUGGAGGACGAGACGGCCAAGGCUAAAGCGUGCAUCGUGUCCGGGGUGGUCUUCAUCAUAGCUGCCUUGCUGAUCAUGAUCCCCGUGUCGUGGUCGGCCCACGCUGUGAUCCGGGACUUUUAUAACCCCCUGGUGACGGCGGCACAGAGGAGGGAGCUGGGCGCGGCGCUCUACAUCGGCUGGGGCGCUGCCGGGCUGCUGCUGCUGGGGGGAGGCCUGCUCUGCAACAACUGCCCCCGCAAAGAUGGCACGCGGCCCUACAUCCCUGCCAAGUUCACCCCCGGGAGAACUGCAUCCUCAAACGUGGACUACGAAAAAAGACAUUAUAUUACGAACUCCUUCCCCGGCGUUGUGGAUUUGGGUGCAGAGUACUUUGCUCCGUUAUAUCGACCUUCUCUUGACGGGCACUGGCAGCAGAGCAGAGCGCCUCCGAUCAGCAGCAGUCCAGACGCUCCCCAGCCCACGCAGAGACACGGUCACCAGACACAGAGCUCCACUCAGCAAGAAGAAGACCCCCCCAGAGAUGGCCACUCUGGCUUUGGUCGCCUUGUCCCCGACGCAGGUGGUGCACUUCGCUCCGACGACAGACAGCAGCAGGCCGAACAGGGAGAAGAGGAUGGAGAUGACCACCAUGGCGCGGGCGGCCUGCAGGUCCGGGGGCAGCCCCAGCAGCGAGUCGUGCAUCUUGCACUGCAUCUGGCCGGUGCUCUGCACCACGCAGCUCAUCCACAGGCCCUCCCAGAUGGCCUGAGCCACCACGAUCUCUCCCGCCGCAGGGAAGUUCUUUUAUACGACCCACAGAUGGCCCCUGAGGAGCCCCCUCCUCUGGGUGGGCUUUGGCUUCAUGGCUCAGAUAUAAACAUCCAUCACGCAGCUCAGAGCGGAGGCCCUCCGCCGCCUCAGCAGAGCUCAGACCGUGUGAUUCAGUCAAAAGCCUGCAACUGUUACGGUCUGAGAGGAAUCCUGGACACAAAUGAAUGGUUAGCGUGUGGAUGUGAGGCUCGGUCCAUGCAAGGUGUUUUCAAUUUGAUUGUGAACAACCAAUCAGGAGAGGCCAGAGUGGACUGUGUGGGUAUAAGAGCUGCAGGGGAGAACUUGGAUCCUUGUGGUUCUUUACUGCUGCUUCUGCUCACUGACAGACAAACAAAUAUGGCAUCUGCAGGUCUCCAGAUUUUGGGGGUCUUUCUGGCAACUGUUGGCUUCCUGGGCGACAUCAUCAUCUGCGCCCUGCCCAUGUGGAAGGUGUCCGCGUUCAUCGGGAACAACAUUGUGACGGCGCAGACCUUCUGGGAGGGCCUGUGGAUGAACUGUGUGAAGCAGAGUACAGGUCAGAUGCAGUGUAAGGUCUACGACUCCAUGCUGGCGCUGCCUCGGGACCUGCAGGCCGCCCGGGCCCUGGUCGUCAUCUCCAUCCUGGUGGCCCUCAUGGGGAUCCUGCUCUCCGUCGCAGGGGGGAAAUGCACCAACUGCAUCGAAGACGAGGACGCCAAGAGCAAGGUAGCCAUCUCUGCGGGGGUGUUCUUCAUCGUGGGCGGCCUCCUGUGCCUGAUCCCAGUGUCCUGGUCUGCACAUGUGGUCAUCAGGAACUUCUACAACCCCAUCAUGAGUGAUCCGCAGAGGAGAGAGCUCGGCGCUGCGCUGUUCAUCGGCUGGGGAUCGGCCGGAAUCCUGCUGAUCGGAGGAGCACUUCUCUGCUGCCAGUGUCGGCAGCGUUCUGACAGCAGAUACUCGGCCAAAUAUUCCGCCCCGCGCUCGGCAGCCAGCGGAGCCUAUGUUUGAACUGACGGCAUGCUUUAGAAAACUGGACCAAACCCUUUAAAAGUGAUUUUAUGGUUUUAACUUGGCUUUCAGAUGUUUUACUCAUUAUUUUUAAUAAAUUAACCUUUCACAUGA